AUGAUCCCUAGUUCUGUUAUAGACGAUGUACGUUCAAAUUUAUUAACGCAUGUUGAUUAUAAUAUGUUAUUUCCAAGAAUUUGGGAUGAUUAUUCACGUUCCGUGAAAAUUCAUCAUCUUAAAGUCCACGGACUCAGUGAAUUGGCAUUUGCAUGCGAACAAUUUGGUAAAGAUGUAGCAAAACCAACCUCUAGACCCUCUAAUUUUAUUUUUCCUUGUACAAAUCUUGGUCUCUAUUUGAAUUAUAUUAAACAUAAAACUUAUGAAGAUCGAAGGAGAAGUUGUAAAUAUUUCAGUUAUAUGUUAAAGCGCGAAAUAAUGGACAAAAAUCCCAAAUGUAUAGGGUUAAAUGUAUGCUACAAUAAAAUGAUAGAUAUAUUCAAACAAAUUAAAUAUCGUAGAAUGGAUCUUAAUGUAUGUAGAGAUCAAGUUGAAGAACUUAAAAAUGAUUCAUAUUAUAUAUUAUAUAACCUAGAUGAGCUAUAUAAAAAAUUUUAUAAAUUAAAAGAAUAUAAUAAUGAAAAUCAUUAUACUUGGGCUGGUAGUUAUGUUCCUUCUUGUGAAAAAUAUUAUAAAAUUAUUUUAGAAAAGUAUGAAGAGAAUAAGAACAGUAGCCUUAAAACUCUAUUGGAUAAAUACAAAAAGGAAUUUGAUGAAAAUAUGACAAAAUUAAAUGCAUAUAAAAGUGCUUACAAAAGCAGACAUGAAUAUCCAACGACAAAUAAAAGCAUAAAAACGAGGACAGACAGAAGUAUAGGUGCAAAAACAGAUGUAGGUAUAAACACAGGGAUGGGUUCCUUCAUGACUUUUUUUGUAUUUAUUAUAAUAGUAAUUAUAUUCAUUUUUUAUAAGUAUACAAAUUAUGGAUCAUAUUUACAUCCAAGUGUAAAGAAGAUAAGGAAAAUGAUGAAUAAAAAGAAUAAAGAAAAUAUUAACAUAAAGGAUUCAUUCGAAAGGAGACAAAAAAACUCAUUUGGUAAUAUAUACCAUGUAGUAUAUACCUCUGUAGAUCAUUAA